CGUGGCUGGGUGCCUUGCGCUCUCCCGGAAGUCUCCCAGGCGGAGGCGGAAAUAGAAACCGAUUAAGGGUGGAGAAGGGUUUGUUGUCGCGUGUGGAGGAGAUUGCGGUUACCUGGUCCCAUGGCGGUCCGAGCGUCGUUCGAGAACAACUGUGAGAUCGGCUGCUUUGCCAAACUCACCAACACCUACUGCCUGGUGGCCAUUGGAGGGUCAGAAAACUUCUACAGUGUGUUCGAGGGCGAGCUCGCCGAGACCAUCCCCGUGGUGCACGCGUCCAUCGCUGGCUGUCGCAUCAUUGGGCGUAUGUGUGUGGGUAACAGGCAUGGUCUCCUGGUGCCCAACAACACCACUGACCAGGAGCUGCAACAUAUUCGCAACUGCCUCCCAGACUCAGUACAGAUCCGGCGGGUGGAGGAGCGGCUCUCAGCCCUGGGCAAUGUCACCACCUGCAAUGACUAUGUGGCCUUGGUCCACCCAGACCUAGACAGGGAAACAGAAGAAAUCCUGGCUGAUGUGCUCAAAGUCGAAGUCUUCAGACAGACAGUUGCUGACCAGGUGCUAGUAGGAAGCUAUUGUGUCUUCAGCAAUCAGGGAGGGCUGGUACAUCCCAAGACUUCAGUUGAAGACCAAGAUGAGCUGUCCUCGCUCCUUCAGGUUCCCCUUGUGGCGGGCACUGUGAACCGAGGCAGUGAUGUGAUCGCCGCUGGGAUGGUGGUGAACGACUGGUGUGCCUUCUGUGGCCUGGACACAACCAGCACAGAGCUGUCAGUGAUAGAGAGUGUCUUCAAGCUGAACGACGCCAAGCCUAGCACCAUUGCUACCAGCAUGCGGGAUUCCCUCAUUGACAGCCUUACCUGAGUCACUUUCCAUGUUUCACGGGCUCCUGCCUCUGGACUUUGUUUGGCUCCCUCUCCACGCCCCACCCAGUCUGUUCUGGAUGCUGGCAGAGGUCACUGGUAUCGAGUGGCUGGAUGCCCAGCCCUUAUUCACCUUUGUCCAUCACCUGAAUCUUGUUACUGCAAACUCUGCCACGUCUGCUGGCCUUAUGGCUCCAGGCUGAGAGCUCUGCUGCCCUCUACUACCCAAUUAAAGGCGUCUGCCUCUGUCCGUUC